AUGGCGAUAUACCUUUCGGAUGCUAAGAUCCAAGCAGUGGAGAAAAUCCUCCAAUAUGAAUUCCAGGGGAAGCGCCUUCUAGAACAGGCGCUUGAGGCCGCUGGUUCUACCAACAGACCCGAGGGAAAUAAGAGGCUUGCACAACUAGGUGAUGCCACUUUGCAGCUUUCCAUUAAGCUAGCUGGUUUUGAAGCCAGACAGUCGAUUGGAAGUAUCACAAUCUCACUGAGCAAGAAAGCAAGCAACGAAAAUCUCACCGCUAUCGGAUUUUCCCUUGGCCUGGACAAGUUCAUAAUCUUGAAUCCUUCCUCCCAGGGCGUUGUUCAGCCGCGCCUCAUGGCAACGACCGUUGAGGCCCUGAUCGGUGCUGUCUAUCUAGACAACGAGAAGUCCAUCCAGGCUCCUCUGAGCGUUAUCAGAGCCCUUGGUAUCCUCCAGGCCGAGUGA